AUGCAGAUGCCGCCUCCCCCACCACUCCUGCUCACCAAGCGCGUGACAGCAUUUCUACGAGCCAAUCUCUCGCCGCACAUCCACUCGGCCAUGCUGACCUCCCCCGCGGGCAGCCUCCUCGCCCACGCCAGCAACCUCCCCUCCAGCGCCCUCCGCCGCCAGGCCGCCGUGGCCGCCUCGCUAUUCCAGGGCCCAUCCGACACCCCCGCAACAUCCACAACCAACACGCCGGCCCCAGGCGGGUCCGUACGAUCCCGCAAGUCGGGAAAACACGCCUCGCCCUCUGUAACCGUCCACCUCGACAACGGCGCCGUGUUUGUGAUCCGCCGCCUGCGCUGCGGGAUGUUGUUUAUCUGUAUGGGCGGGACGGAGGGUCCGACGGCUUCGGGUCGGGUUACUCCGACUGGGCCAGCAGCACACCACAAUCGUCGCAACACAACCGACGCACACCCACCCCAAGACGACGACCAAGACACGCCUCUUACCUCGAUCCUCUCCUCCCACACAACAGGCGCCGCAUCAACAACAACAAGCAGUACCAGCGCCACAGCGACAACACCCACGGCCGCAGCAGCCUCGCUGAUGAGGCGGCAGGUGGAUGAGCUGGCUAGGUGGUUGGAUGAGAGGUUGGGGGGGUUGAGUGUACCUGAGGAGGGGAUUGGGCUGGGAGGGGGGAAUAUUGAACUGGCGGUGCGGUAG